UCUGUGUGCGCGUGCGUGGAAGGCAGCAGCCCUGCCUACCGUUGACGUUCCCCACUCUUUCUCUUGUCACUGUUUUUCGGGAGGCGAACUGGGCGAGAGGUCCGCUCUUCUCUCGUCUUUCUUAGAAAACAGAUGGUGUGUUCGUGACCCAGCGGAGACGUAUCUUCGCCCUCACACGCCGGCGACUUCUUCAAUUACCGCUGCAGCACUUUUAACCAAAUCAAAGAGGAGAGGAGAGGAGCCAAGGGCGGACUGGACAGAGAGGAAGAACCAACCAUAGGACUCACACACUGGGAGGCUGCACGUCCGCCUGCUCUCUUCAAUACAUUGAUUUAUUUACCCGGGCCCUGAACGUCUCCCGGCGUCCAGAAGUGCUGCCUCAGCCGGUUCCUGCUUCCUUUUAAACUGACUGCGUCUUCGUGGACUGCCCCCCAGAAUUAUUCAGCAAGCUAACAGGAACACACAAAGUCCCCUGCUUUUUUUCUUCUGAAUUCAGACCGUGGUGGCCAGAGGGACACUGAGUCCUCGCCUCUGUUUCCUCUUAUCAGCCCCUAUCGGUUGCUGUGUUUUCCACCGGCUGUGCGCGUUUUCCUCCUUUCUCAGCAGAAGACGAUGCAGGUGGAGGUAAACCGGUGACCACAGGGGCUGUUUUGUUAACUAUCCAGCACCGUGUCAACAGAGAUGAGAGGAUAGCGUCUGGGAGGGGAUUUGGGGGAAAGCGAAGCGCUAAGUGGGGGGUUCAGUGUUGGUUUUCCUUCUUCAAAUGAGGCAGACACACCAUAAAGACAUGAAGUGGAUGUAGCCAACCGGUUCAGUUUUUUUUUUUAAAGCAUCAGUUUAAGCUGGAUCACUGUCUUGGUGAUCUGUGCUGCCUUCGCGGACUGUGACAAUGAGGAUUUUAUGAGAAGUGAAGCCUUUCCCCCUCUAUCUACAUACAGCCAGGCUAGUCUGGGGUGGCAUUUCUUUCUUUCUUUCUUUUUUCACCCGGUGUGAACACAACCCAGACUUUUUUUUUCUCUCCUGGACGGCGAAGCUCACUCAGGGACAAAAAAUGUCUUUACGCACAGCACUGCCUGGGAACGAGCGGAACCCGGACCAUCAUACCUCCCUGUCGGCCAGCCGCUCAGAGAAGGGCACGGGCUGGUCAAGCCGCUCACUUGGUGCCAGAUGUCGUAACUCCAUCGCCUUGUGUUCAGAUGAACAGCCACACAUUGGAAACUACCGACUGCUCAAAACCAUCGGCAAAGGCAACUUCGCCAAGGUUAAACUGGCGCGACACAUAUUGACCGGCAGAGAGGUUGCAAUAAAGAUCAUCGAUAAAACACAACUGAACCCAACCAGCCUUCAGAAGGUGUUUCGAGAGGUACGCAUCAUGAAAACUCUGAACCAUCCAAACAUAGUCCAGUUAUUUGAGGUGAUUGAGACCGAGAAGACACUUUACCUGAUUAUGGAAUACGCUAGCGGAGGGGAAGUGUUCGACUACCUCGUGGCUCAUGGCAGGAUGAAGGAGAAAGAGGCCAGAGCCAAGUUCAGACAGAUUGUUUCAGCGGUGCACUACUGUCAUCAGAAGAACAUUGUUCACAGAGACUUGAAGGCGGAGAACUUGCUUCUAGACGCCGACUCCAACAUUAAAAUAGCCGACUUUGGCUUCAGUAAUGAGUUCAUGACGGGUAAUAAACUGGACACGUUCUGUGGCUCCCCGCCCUAUGCUGCCCCCGAGCUCUUCCAGGGGAAGAAGUAUGACGGUCCAGAGGUGGACAUCUGGAGCCUGGGGGUAAUUCUGUACACGCUUGUCAGCGGGUCCCUGCCCUUUGACGGACAGAACCUAAAGGAGCUGAGAGAGCGUGUUUUGAGGGGGAAAUAUCGCGUGCCCUUCUACAUGUCAACGGACUGCGAGGGAAUCCUUCGCCGCUUCCUGGUCCUCAACCCCACCAAGCGCUGCUCGCUGGAGCAAAUAAUGAAAGACAAGUGGAUUAAUAUUGGCCAUGAUGGCGAUGAGCUGAAGCCUCACAUGGAGCCUGUGGAAGACUUUAACGAUACCGGCCGCAUUGAUGUGAUGAUUGGGAUGGGAUUCACCAGAGAAGAGAUCAGAGAUGCGCUGGCCAAUCGAAAAUACAAUGAGCUCACUGCCACAUACCUGCUGCUGGGACGCAAGACGGAGACGGAGGUCACUGACUCUCGGUCUAGCAGCACUUUAAGUCUGGCUCGAAUCCGGCCUGGCGGCAUCACCAACGGAACAAGCAAGCACUCCACUUCUUCUUGCUCCUCGGGUGCACAGUCUUCCUCUUCUGGCCAUAAGGCACAGCGCAGUGCCUCCACGUACCACCGCCAGAGACGACACUCUGAUUUCUGCGGUCCAGCUGUUCCAGGAUCAACACACCCAAAACGAAGUCCCAGCGGCGUAGCUGAAGGGGCGGGGCUUAGAGAGGAGCGGCUGUCGAUACGCAAGCCAAGCACCAACACUGUUGGCUCCCGUAGCAUCCCCACCCCCUCCAGUCCCAUGGUUAGCUCUGCUCACAACCCAAAUAAAUCUGAGAUACCUGACCGGCGUAAGGAGGUUAACUCAACCACGAAUAACAUCCCUGCUAGUGCUAUGACUCGAAGGAACACGUAUGUGUGCACAGACCGAUCCAACUCUGAUAGACACGCCCUGCUACAAAACGGCAAGGAAAACAGUUCCACAUCCCACCGCCUCCCCCCUGCCUCCCCCUCUACCCACAGCAUUGCAGGUGCCUCUGGGACCUCCUCCUCAUCCUCCACGCCUUCCUCCCGUCUGUCCCGGGGAUCCACAGUGAGGAGCACUUUUCACGGAGGGCAGAUUAGAGACCGCCGGCCUCCCUCUCACGCUCCUCCAGCGUCUCCUACGCUGUCCCACGAUGCCAGCCCACUGCCCCAUGCCAGGACCCGGGGUACGACCAACCUGCUCAGCAAAAUCACCUCCAAGCUGACUCGCAGGGUCACUCUUGACCCUUCUAAACGUCAGAGCUCAAACAAGUCCAUGUCGGGCUGCACCCUCCCGCAGGGAACAAAAACAGUUAGUAAGUCUUCCUUUCCCAUGUUUUCUGGCUGCUUCUGUCCAUCUGACUGUCUGUCUGCCUGCCAGUGCUCAGUCAUCCCCUCUACCCCUCAUCCACUGUUGCAGGUCAGAGUUUAGUUAUAUGAAGUUUUAUCUGAGGCAAAGCUACUCUAAAGGUAGUAAUUAAUAUAAAUAAGUCAACUGUCUCAGUCAAAUAUUUCCACUAAAAUUUAUAUUUUAGCUUCAUGGUGGUAAAAUCAAAAUUUUGAUUUUUUUUUAAAGUGAAGAAUAGUUGAUAAAGGAAAUAACAUAAGCAGGUCUUAAAAAAUCUUAGAUGACCUUUGAAGUACUAUCCAAAGACAUGUAUGCAAAACGUCCGCCCCCACCAGUGGAUUCAAACCCAGAACCAGUUUGCAGGAUACGUGUGAGAGAAAAUAUGAAAAAGCCUAAUAUGCAGUUGGAAUUUAGUUAUAAAGCAUAUUUGUCUUGUGAUUGCAGGCUGUUAAAAUACACUAUAUGCUUAUAGACUAAAGGCGGGGUUCUUGUGAGCAUUGAGUGUGCAUGUGAAAUGCUGCCUUUCUUUAUGUUGGUCAGCACUAUUUGAUCUGCAGCAUCGACAUAACUGCUCAAAAGUUCUUCGAUUUAUUAAAGACAUUUUUAUUUUUGUAAAAUCUCUUUAUUAUUUAUUAUUUUCAAUACAUCCAUCUUCUUAUCUGGAUCAAGUCCAAUCAAAUCUUUUACUUAAAUAAAUGAGUACUCAAAACAUAAUAGUGCAUAACUUUGGGCUACGUUGUGUUUUCUGGUUAUUCAUUGUGCAUUCAUACAUAAAACAGAUAAAAACAGUUGUUGCUGCAUUAAAAGGUUUUUUAAAAGUCCCACGCUUAACUUGCUUACCAUGCAGAAAUUUGUUGUGAUACAUCUUCUCCUUUUAUGUUACUUGAUGUGCUUAUUCACCCAUGCUCGGUCACUGUUUGUACACACUCGGUUUUAUGUUUCCAUUAAGUGACGUAAAAGGUUAUAAAAAUCCAGGAUUCAAACUUCCCUUUAGAAAGUUGAAAUGCAGUAAGACUAAACUCUGCAGAUCUGUGACUUAACGUUGUGGCCUAGUCCACACUGAUGAAAUGUUUGAUGGUUGCUUCUUCCAGUAGAGCAGCUUUACCUCAAAACCAGCGUGUUUGUGUUUCUAAAACUCUGAUCAGCUGCUGUCUGCUUUAGUGUCUCUUUGUCACUCCUCCCAUCUCCAGUGGCUCAGCUUUAGGCUGUAGCACUCACUACAGGCUGUAAACAGCACAGCACCAUUACCUGCUUCUAGCAAAGCACUUAAAAGCAACAUAAAUGUGAAUUAUUUCUAUUUUAAAUGUAUGUUUAAGUUUUCCUUUUUACUGUAGUAUGGCUUUAAAUGUUACCAUCAGGUAGGAUGUUAGGUCUUUUAGCUAUUAUAGCUAGAAAUCACUACUCACAAACAAGCGCAUGGGCAACACACACACUCUUGUUCAUGCAGAGUGUAGAAUAAACAACACUAUGGAGAUGUGUGUGUAUGUUUGUGCGUUCCCUGGAGUAUGAGUUUAUUGCAGAUCAACUGCACUACUUUGAGUCACAAAAUCAACACCAUAUGUUUGUCCAUGCUGUUAACAAAUCAUCAGUCGUGCAGCAGCAGGGCUUUGGAUUCUCAGAGAAAGCAGAGAAACCAGGACAGAAAGGAAGGGGGGGGUGUAUUUUAUACAAGAAAGACACAGGGGGUGAAGGAAGAAGAGCUGAGAUGAAGACAGGCAGGUUCUAUCCCUCUGAAAAGUGUGACGUAUGGUGCGUUCCCGAAUGGGUUUUAGCAGCAACGUAUGUCAAAAAUAUCACUUUUAUCCACUUCUAGAUAACUGUCUUGAUUUUUUCUUCACAUCUAAUGUUAUAAAAUAUUAUUUCAAGUGUUUAAAAAGGUAUUUUUGACAUCAGUCCAUAGCUAAGGAUUCUUUCUAGAGCAAACAAACUGAGGAAAGGUCUGAAGGGUUUUUCAGGUUGGUAUUAGGAGACUAGAAGGCUGUGCACAGGAUGCACAGGACGUUUUAAUUAAGACUAAGGCAAUGUGGAGAUUGCUGUAAUGGUAUACAAGGUGUCAGAAAGCUAAUGGAUCAUGCUGUAACUGUUGACAAUUAAUGCGAUACAACAAAUAUGUUGAACCGUGACUGUAAAUGUACCCAGCGUGCGUCUUAGCGCUCCGCAGGCGAAGAGGCUUGUAAGAAGCAUCUGGGCCUGCUACAGUCAUCCUAACCGACUGACCCAGCAUCACUGCCGUCUUAAACCAGGAUUAGUUAUAUAACCACAGUUUAUCUGUGUCUUAAACUGGGAUUGCGCGCAGCUCUCCCUCACGAUACCAGCAGAUUGUUCUGUUACACUGCCGCAAAUUGUCUCUGUCUGUCUCUCGUCCCAGUUUCGGUCUUUUUUCCUCUCCCUUGUCCUCUUCUUUUUGUUCUGCUUCUCUCUCCCCCACACAAUCUGUUUUUUUGCAGUUUACAUACUUUAGCGUUUGCACACAGUCACUGACUCACAGCAGAGUCUGGUCAGUCUGCCACUCCACACUCGUUGCUCUCAAAACACUUGAAUUCCUUCAUAAGGAUGUGAUUCUCCUUGUUUUGGAGGAGCAGGAGUGUUAUUCUCGUUCUUUACACAGACAAGAUGUCAAGGUCAUAAUCUUUAUAGAGCACCUCAAAACUCUUCAAUUAUAAUGGUCAAGUUUAGUGUUCUUAAACCUAAAGAAUUCCCCUCGAGAUAUUUGCUCAAUAAUUACUUGGAUAACUUUUUCCCGUAAAGGUGUAUCCCAGUGGUUAUUCCUGGGGAUUAGGACGGAUCACUCUCUACUUUUUAUUUUGUGUGACGCAGUCAAAACAUUGAGCUACGCAAUCUAAACAUUUGUUUAGCCCUGAUUAAAACCUCUGCACCACAACAGCUCCUUAGUCAGAGCAACGGUCAUCUUAGUUCAUAUUAGGUUUCAUUUUUCAAACUUAAUCUGUCAGUGAAAACUCACUGCUGGCUCCUUCAAAGUCACCCCCAUUUCCAGGAAUAGAGAUCAGGUUGCCAUGCUGGCGGGAAGGAAGCCAUCAGUCAAGUGCGUGAAUAGCAACAGUGGCCCCCGGUGGACACAGAUGGGAUCUGUAUUAACCAGCCCGUCUGUGUGAGUGUAAUCGUAGCAAAUCAUGUGGUCCUGGAGACGGCACAAACUACAGGAGAGAGCAGACAGAAAGUCAAUGACAUGCAGCUAUUAAAGAGGGUGGAGGAGGAGAAGAAGUGCUCAGUGCAUCAUGGGAACUAACUAACUAUAAGCUUCAUCAAAGAGGAAAGUUUGAAUCCUAAUCUUAAAAUUAGAAAGGGCUCUGUCUCCUGAAUCCAAACUACAGAUGAAGGCUCUAUGUCAUAGUGUCCUAUAUCUACUAACCGGAAGACCGGUGGUUCAAUCCCUGGCUCCUCUAGUCUGAAUGUCCUCAGCGAGACACCGAACCACAAAUUGCUGCUGAUGCAUCCAUCAGCGUGAGAGUGUGGGUAUCAUAUAAAAAAAGAGCGUUCACAGAAUAGAGCACUGUCUGAAUGUGUAGUCUGCGUGAGUGUGCGUGAAUGGAUGCAUACGACCACUCGCAGUGCAGUAGGAGUAGAAAAUGGCAGUCUCUUUGUCCAGUAUAAGCUAAAACAAAAGUCGUGAAAUGCAGUCGUAAAGCCUGUGAAAAAGCUGUCAGUACACAUUUAUCUUAUGAGUACCCUGCUGGCAUCUUGUAACUCACUAAUUUGUGCUUCUACCAGCAUUAAAGUCUGCGUUUGCGUGAGUCGUGUAACACAAACUAUGUGUUGAGACCUGGUCUGCUGCCAUAAAUUCACCCCCUCGGCAUUUGUUCAUCCUUCUCACUCGUUUUGUCGGUUUUUGUGGUUUCACAUCCAUCCAGUGUUUCAGUGCAGUGAGUGCAGGUCGGUGAUCCAUCUGUGAUUUGAAGAUCAUGUUCUGUGUCGUGUUUAGUGGAUUGGUCCAUUAGCUGUGCUGCUGAUUGACAGGAAAUGGGGGUGGGGGGUGUAGAAGG